AAGUAUAGUUUGUUCAAUGAGUCAAGUCGAUAAAGUCAAAUAGAGAGAAAUAUAUGUAUAAUUGGUCAAUAGUAUAUGCAACACCUUCAGUUAUUGGCUAGUCGCUAGUGUAGUAUAAUUACGAGGAUAAUUUGAUAUUAAUGUAAAAAAUGUUUAAACUGAGCUGCUAAAUCUGAUAUAUUUGUUUAAUCUAACCAAAAAAAAAGAAAUAAAUAUAAAUAUAUAUCAGAUCUUUUCAUUUAGGAGGUUAAUGUCUGGAAAAAUAGCUUUCUCUAAUAUGUAGUUUCCUUUAGAUUGUAAUCACGUGGUUUUAUUUACAUUUCUUGACUUAACUCGUUGUACAUGUCGUAUAUCUAUUUACAACAUUUUCAUAAAUCAUAUUAUACACUUACGACGUAUUUUUUGUAUUUCCAAAAUAAAUUCUAAUCUAUAAUCAAAUAGACUAUAAUCAAUACAACAACAUAUAAAUUCUUAAAUCUUGAUGAUGUUACGAAAUUAUUUGUAUGAUAAUUGCCAUUUAACAUGAUAAUAUAUUCGCUUUAAUCUGUAAUAAAUUUAUUAUCCAUGUUUUUAAGAAUUACUCGUCAUGGGUAAUAGGUCGUUAGAUAAAUAAUGAAAAAAAGUAGAGAGUAGUGCUCAGUAAGGAAAAUCGAAAAUGGCUGAGAAAGGAGCUCAUUUAACUGGAACAACAUUUAUAAAACCUUCUAUUUUUGAAAUUAUAGCACAGGAAUCAUUAUCAUCCAUUGUCGAACCCUCUUUUAAAAAAUUUCUAUCGUUUCUCAUAUCAUUCAAUAUUGAAAGAUACAGUCAUCUUCUUAGAUGGACAGAUGAAGGCUAUUUAAUUUUCAAUACAAUUCUUCAAUGGUAUUACUUGAAUAAAUAUUAUCUAUGUAUUGCAGCUGCUUCAUUUUCUGAAACAUUUUAUGGUUUAAAACGCAUAACUGUAGUAGAUUCGAAAAUUAGAAGCAAGUUAUCAAACAAGCAAAAACAUCUUUCUUUGAUAUUAACAGUUAUAUUUCCUUAUAUAAAAAAUAAACUAUCUCAGUUAAGUCAAAGGUAUAAACUCGAAGAAUUAGAUGGAUGUGCUCCAAAAUCGAAAUGGGAAAAAUUGUAUCGUAAUUCCAUUAUUAAAGGAAACGCGAUAAUUUUUAUGAUAUAUGAAUUUAUGGUACUGUAUAAUUAUAUACUUUAUAUUUCUGGAAAAUCUGCAUAUACUUCCCCGCUUUUGAAGCUAUUAUCCAUUACUUUAACAUAUGCAGAACCAGAACCAAUAAUUAGUAUUUCUGAUCUAUUAAGAAAGAUUAGAAACAAUUCCUUUGGCCUUAGUGAUGGGGUAGAUAUAUUUCAAAGAAUGGUGACUACAUCUUUUGAAUUUGGAGCAUUUUUCCUUCAGUUUGUAUCGUGGUGGACUCAAGAACAUUAUUCAACUAGCUUACUGUCAUUACCCAUUCCACCACCUCCUAAGAUUCCAGAAAUAGCAAAGCAAUACAAAGGCAUAUGUCCAAUCUGUCGUAAAGCACUCAGAAUACAUACAGUACUUUCAGUAUCUGGUUACGCAUUCUGUUAUCAAUGCAUUCUUCCUGUGAUACGCACAGACAGAAAGUGUCCAGUGACAAACUACCCUGCCAAAGAAGAUGACUUAAUACGUUUGUAUUUAGGCUAAGUAAUAAUGUGCAUAUUUUAUCAGGAAAAUUGUAUAUGUAAAUAAAAGAUUGUUAUUUCUCAAA